AUGACGUUGGGGACAUAUAAUAGACAUCAGGCCCAAAGGAAAAAGCAAGCAGCCUUAGCCGCAGCUUUUCCUCAAGGCAUUCGCUGUCAGAAAUGUUUGGAGUACGGACAUUGGAGCUAUGAAUGCAAGGGUAAAAGAAAAAUUUUGGUUCGACCCUCACGAACACAAGUUCUCAAGAAGAAUUUGAAGUCUAAGGAUGAAGGGCAGUGCAGCAAUGGAAAAUGCAAGAUUCCAAACAAGAAGAAACGUGGAAACUCAGAUUGCUCAGACUGCUCUGAUAAAGGCUCAUCCAGUAGCUCUUCAGAAUCUUCUUCAGACAGCUCUGACUCCUCUGACAGUGACAGCAGCAGCGAUUCUGAGAGUGACAGCAAUAGCAGCAGUGGCUCUGAUUCUGGAUCAUGCAGCGACUCUUAA